GGAUGAAAGCUAAAGCUAUGUAAACAAAAUGACUCUUCAAGAACUUCUUAAUAUGUGAUUGAACAUCACAUGAAACCAGUUGAAGCCAGACAUUGCAUAAAAUGGUCACCAUAGCAAACAACACCUCAGGAUGGAAUAUCAUCAACGCCAACCAUCAGCCAGAAAUUUUGAUUACCAUAUUUGGUGCCUGUCUAUUUGGAGCUAUUGUGAGGACCCUUUUGAAGUCCCUGAAGUUACCAUACACAGUUGUAAUGUUUGUUUGUGGAAUUCUGAUGGGAACCCUAAGUUUUCACUAUGAGGCGGUGGAUGCCUACACAACUGAGCUCGCCAACAUCAACCCAGAGCUCCUUAUCCACACAUUCAUGCCUGUGCUUAUAUUCAGUUGUGCCUUUGAAAUAGAAUCGCACAUCUUCUGGAAGUCUCUUCCACAGGUGUUGUUACUAGCGAUACCUGGGAUUAUCAUCAGUACAGCAAUGAUAGCUGUAAUAGUUGUCAAAGUCUUUCCUUACAACUGGGACUGGUACACUGGUAUGAUGUUUGGAUCUAUUGUAAGCACAACAGACCCUUUUUUGUCAUCAUCUCUGCUAAGGACCCUGGGAACUGCAAAAGCAUUACCACUCCUAAUUGAGGGAGAGUCAUUGUUCGGUGAUGGUGCCUCUUACAUUUUAUUUGAUGCCUUUAAAAAUUUUGCCACCAAUCUGGUACCUUUUGAAGCGUCAUCAUUUUCUGUAAAAUUGAUACUGCAGAUUUUGGGAAGUCCACUAUUAGGCUUCAUCAUGGCUAAGUUUGUCAUGUUUUGGCUUUCGUAUAUCUUUAACGAUGGACUCAUAGAAAUCACCAUAAGCUUGGCCACUGCAUAUAUCACUUUCUAUGUUGCUCAGUGGCUUGGAAUGUCAGGAGUCAUCGCUGUCCUCAUGGUUGGACUGUUUUUGGAUAUUGUCAACUUUAGUCCGGAAGUUGAAGUAUUUCUGUUACGAUUUUGGGAAAUGUUGACAUACCUGGCCAACACACUAAUUUUCUUCACUGUUGGCAUCGUGGUCUCCAAAGCAUUCCAGCAUUUGGUUCUGAAUGACUUCUUCAACAUCAUUGUUCUCUACUUUGCUGUGUACAUCAUAAGGUUAAUCACCAUUGUGGUGCUCUCACCUUUGCUGGUGCGUGUUGGCUAUGGCUUCAGGUGGCAGUGGGCGUCCGUGUGCGUGUGGGGGGGCACCAAAGGAGCCUUCUGCCUCAGUCUCACACUCAUGGCCUUCCAGGAGACAGCACUGGAUGAGCAGACCGUGAGGGACAAGAUUUUGAUUCUUGCCAAUGGUGUGGUGGUGCUGGCUCUUCUGAUCAACGCAACCACUUUAUCAAAGGUCCUCAAUCUGCUUGGCCUGUGUGAUGUGUCCAUGGCUAAGCGUAUGGCCAUGUACAGUGCGGUGCAGCGUGUGACCGAGAGCUCCCAGAACACACUGAGCAUGCUGAAGAUAGACAGGUACCUAGCCGAUGCCAACUGGGUGAUAGCGGAGGACAGAGUCAGUGUGGAGGACCCCUACAAGACCUCUACGGAACAGGUCAGCAUUGAGGACUUCAGCCCAACGGCGCGUAUGACCAAUUGCCCUGACUGUGAGAGCAACAUCCCCUACGUCCCCUCUGUCCGGGAGCGCGAUGACAUGAUGGAGGAAGCACGCAUGCGAGUUCUGAAGGCUCAGAAGACCAGCUACUGGAAGCAGUACAGCUCUGGAAUGCUUAACAGGCAGGCAGCGCGAACCUUGAUCUCCAUUGCAGACAACAUGUCCGAUCUGAAGGGAAAGUUCAUCACUGUGCAGGAUGUGAAGAAAUAUUGGGAAUUGAAAGGUGUCUUUGUAAUAAUCUUGAAAAAACUGGAGGACUGGCUGUACAAUGUCAAAGUCGAUAAACUGAAGCCAUCAAGGAAUGUAUGGCUGAAAUGGUGCUACCAGUUGGUUUUCAGCACAUCAUUUGAGUAUUUUAUGUAUGUGUUGAUUCUGCUCAACAUAUUUCCCAUUGUCCUGGAGUUUCGCCCUGAAACACAUUACGAUAUAACGCUGAAGGUCCUCAAUUAUAUCUUCUGCCUCUGUUAUGUUGUUGAAGCUGUCCUCAAGGCACUGGCCAUGAGAAAAGCCUACAUUUUCAACCACUGGAACCAGUUUGACCUCUUCAUUCUUAUAAUGUCUGCCGUGGAUAUUUACAUCGAGACUCAGUUUGGCCUUGCUCAAAUCAACAUUCAGAUGAUCCGAAUGGUCCGUAUGUUUAAAAUGUUUCGAUUGACCAGGGCAUUGAGACUGGUAAAGAUAAUGAUUCCUAAAAUGAUAGAGGUGACCAACCGUCACAUCAGCAAACAGCUCAGCUUUGGUUACGACAUUGGGAAAGGUUAUGUGAUCGGAGAAGAGGACAUUAGUAAAAUCAUCGACCACAUCUCUGAUGACAAGGGCAUCUCCAAGGAGCUAAAGUCCGUUCUGGAGAAGAAUAGACAGGAAGGAGCUCGAGCGCUAGGCUUCCUACAGAGGGACCAUCCGGAGAUUGCCAUCUCUGUCAAGACGCGUCAGGCCAUCCGCGCCGUGCUGAACAGCGAGAGGGACACCAUCCACUCCCUCAUGUCCGGGGGCCUGCUGGAUGAGGUGGAGGUGGCCAAGCUGCAGCAGAUGAUUGAGAUUAAGAUGAAGAAACUCACCAAGUUUCCCCCGACCAUCUCGGCCCCCACCGCUGAAGAGCUGCUGAGGAGUCUGCCAUGGCUCUCCAAAGACCCCGCCCAGAUCCAGUUCUUUAAGCGAGUGGCCCAGCUGCUGUUCUUUGACUUUGGUGACAUCAUCAUCCAAGAGAACCAUCCUCCUAGUGGGAUACAUCUGAUCGUCUCAGGCAUGGUCAAGAUCUCUGGCCGCAAUCCAGACCUGGGCAGUAAGAAGGCGCGCAACCAGCAGACGGACUACAGGAGCUGUGGUACCAUCCUGGGGGAGCUCAACUGCCUCACCCAGCAGCCCAUGGAGGUCACCAUCACCAGUGAGACAGCCACACAGACCUGCCUGAUUCCCAUCGACUCCCUGCUGGAAGCCUUUGAUGUGUUUCCCGAGCACCCCUCGCUGGAGUAUAAGAUCUGGCUCUCGCUGGCUGUGAAGAUCAGUACGACUGCUAUUAUGGAGAACAUCAACUAUCAGGGCUGGAGCUACAGGCAGAUCUGCAACCACCUGGCCAAGGCCUACGUUUUGGACCUGGAGGUGAACAGAAAGCUCAACAUCUACGAUGGCAGCAUGGAGGACGUGGUUGUGGUGUACGGCAGCUGCGAUGACGUGCAGUCCCUCUGCUCUUACAACGCCCCCACUCUCAUCAGCCGCACCACUCACCGGAUUGUGGGUACAGCCAAUAUAACCAAGCUCCUGAUUGUACCAAGCGCCAGCGCUAAGCCCAUGGACAGCAAGAGCACCAUUGACUUGGAGAAGAACACCAGUCUACCAUGCCUAAGACAUGCGGCUCAAAGAAGAAGCUCCAGGACAACAGGGUCAGGAAUGCUGAAAACCGUAUUGUCGAACGGGUCCGUCUUGGAGGACAUGAAAGUGGUGGAGCAAGAGCUGAGCACCGUCAGGCUGGAGUCUUGAUGUCCGUGCCCUCAGACAGCUCCGGAAGUCAUGUAAUGCUAUUAUUCAAAUUGGCGCAUUAAAGUUUUUAGCCUA